GUAUCCUUUUUCCCUUCCAAUUUCUCUAACAACACCUACUAAUUUCUUUUUUAUUUUUAAUGAAAAGAUAUUUGAGAUAAUCGACCACCGUCCUUCUGAGCUGUGACUUACACGAUUGCACGCCAUAGGGACCUAAGCACCCCCUUCUCUCCUUUAUUCCAAAGCUUGUUCACACACCGACAAAAAUCCGAUAAAGCAGUCCACUAUCUCACCCCCGUUGGCCCCUGGCCGCUUGCAACCUCCCUCCUUUAUAUAAGUCCCAAGAUGCUCCUCUAACCCUCCCCCUUUCUUUUCGCCUCUUCUUCAUCUUCCUUCUCUCUUGCUAAUUACUUUCUUUCCUUUUUCCUUCGCUUUUCCUUGUGUUUCAAUGGGUUUCUUUGUAGAGGAUCCAGGGCUAAUUGUAACCCAUCUUCUUUACAAAACAGCUGUUGUUUUAGCAGUGUUGAGAUGGGUCCUCUCUUGGGUUCUUAGGUUUAGAGACAUAAGCUUCUUCACUACUUCAUCUGACUCCCAACGCAACCCUUCUUCUUCUUCUCCCUUGGUUUCUUUACAAAUGAUUAGGGACAGUCUCGUGCUGACGACGUUCGAAGAUGCUAAGGAACGGGUGCCUUGGGUUUCCGACACCUGUGCAGUCUGCUUGAGCCAGCUGAAGGAAGGUGACGAAGUCAGAGAACUGAGGAACUGCUGCCACGUGUUCCAUAAAGAUUGCAUUGACAGAUGGGUUGACUAUGAUCAAGAUCACGACCAGGAUUACGAUCAUGAUUACAAUGAGCAUGAACAUAAUCACAAGACUUGCCCCCUUUGCAGGACCCCUUUACUUACUUCAUCUCAAAGCUUGGGCUGGCCUAAGAAUGAACCCAGCUGGGCCGUCGAGCGGCUGCUCUACCUAUUUGGGGAUGAUCUGCUUCCUUGAGAGCCACAUAAUCUAUUUUCUAUAGAUUUUUUUUUCUUCUUUUUUAGCAUAUUUUUUACUCAAUUGAUCAUUGAGAUAGAGCUUGGUACAAUAAUUAUUGUAUAUUUAGAUAGUUUGGGCAUGGUUAAAUGGGGUCAAUUUUUUCUUUGGGUUAGGUCAUAAAGUGGAAGGAAAAAAAAAACAGAAACAGUCAAGUCAUCUAAAGCUUGACCCUUGGACCAGUUGUAUAUAUAAAUCACAUAUUUCUUAGAAUUUUUUUUCGA